GCCUGUUGUUUUUCAAAGCAAAUGCGUGGAAUAAGGGGAUUAUUAAUUAAAGCAGAUAUGCUGAAAAAAGUCUUCAGUGUCCAGAAUUUGAAAAUGACUCAAGCAUUUUCUCAAGAUAGUUCAAGGAACGUGGACUGUUUUACUUACAUAAUUGUUGGAGCUGGAUCUGCUGGAUGCGUAUUAGCCAACCGACUGACUGAAGAUCCUGACAGCACUGUUAAACUUCUAGAAGCAGGGCCAAGAGAUGUACUCUUUGACAGUAAACGGUUAAUGUGGAAGAUUCACAUGCCUGCUGCGUUGACCUACAAUCUCUGUGAUGACAAAUAUAACUGGUAUUACCAUACAAUCCCACAAAAACACAUGGAUAAUCGAAUUAUGUACUGGCCCAGAGGAAGAGUCUGGGGUGGUUCUUCAUCCCUCAAUGCUAUGGUAUAUAUUCGGGGCCACGCAGAAGAUUAUAACAGGUGGAGUAAAGAAGGAGCUGUUGGAUGGGAUUAUGAAUUUUGUUUGCCUUAUUUUAAGAAAGCACAAACUCAUGAGCUGGGUGCUGAUCUUUAUCGAGGUGGGAAUGGCCCACUCCAUGUGUCUAGGGGGAAGACUAACAACCCUCUUCACCUUGCAUUCCUGGAUGCAGCCCAGCAGGCUGGAUAUCCUUUCACAGACGAUAUGAAUGGUUUUCAGCAAGAAGGCUUUGGCUGGAUGGAUAUGACCAUACACCAAGGUCAAAGAUGGAGCACAGCCAGUGCUUAUCUUCGUCCUGCAUUAUCACGUCCAAACUUGUCAACAGAGGAAAAUACACUUGUAACAAAAAUUUUAUUUAAAGGUCCAAGAGCCAUUGGCAUCGAGUAUGUUAAAGAUGGGGAAAAGAAAAGGAUUUUUGUCAAUAAGGAUGUUAUUUUAAGUGCAGGUGCUAUAAAUUCCCCACAGCUGCUUAUGCUGUCUGGAGUUGGCAAUGCAGAUGACCUCAAAAAAUUAGGAAUCCCUGUCAUCUGCCAUCUUUCAGGAGUUGGCCAAAAUCUUCAAGACCAUUUAGAAGUGUAUGUACAACAGAAGUGCACUCAGCCUCUGACUCUCUAUAAAUCACAGAAGCCUCUUAAUAUGAUAAAGAUUGGUCUUGAAUGGAUGUGGAAGUUUACUGGUGAUGGUGCCACCGCUCACUUAGAAACUGGCGGCUUUAUCAGAAGUCAAGCAGGAGUUCCUCAUCCAGAUAUUCAGUUCCACUUCCUUCCUUCUCAGGUGAUUGACCAUGGGCGUACUGCCUCUGAGCUGGAAGCAUACCAGGUUCAUAUCGGCCCCAUGAGGAGUAAAAGUGUGGGGUGGCUAAAGCUGAAAAGUACAGACCCAAAGGAGCAUCCCAUCCUUGACCCCAACUAUUUGUCAACAGAAAUAGACAUCUGGGAAUUCCGUCAGUGUGUCAAAUUAGCCAGAGAGAUAUUUGCUCAGGAAGCCUUUGAAAAAUUCCGUGGGCCUGAAAUUCAACCAGGAAGCCAUGUGCAAUCCGAUGAGGAGAUAGAUGCUUUUAUAAGGCAAAAAGCAGAUAGUGCCUAUCAUCCUUCAUGCACUUGUAAAAUGGGACAGGAUUCUGAUUCUACAGCUGUGGUGGAUCCUCAGACCAAAGUUAUAGGAAUAGAAAAUCUGAGAGUUGUUGAUGCCUCAAUAAUGCCCAGUAUUGUUAGUGGGAAUUUAAAUGCCCCAACCAUCAUGAUAGCAGAAAAGGCUGCUGAUAUAAUCAAGGGACUGCCAGCACUUCAAGAGAAAAAUGUUCAUGUAUAUAAACCCCCGACUCUGGAAGCUCAGCGGUAAAGUGCCCAUGACUCUCUCUCAGAUAGAAUUUUGCUUGCUGUUAUAACUCUUACCCUGUACUUUGCCUUGAGAAUAAGACUUUUAAAAUGUCCCUAUUGAUAUGUUAAUAUGAAAUUCCUUUCCAAAAGUACUCUCCAGUUUCAAGCAAAUAGACAGCUGUGUUUUAAAAGCAGUUCAAAAUAGGGUCAGCUGUACUAAGCAGGUAAACUUGUCCAAGAAGAUUCGGAGUACCAGUAUGAUGUGGCUAGGUAUCUGUUACUCUGUGCAGCACAGUAGGGAAGGAAUUUGCUUCAGCUCCAGAACAAUCCUGCAAGUACUUAAAGCACUACUCAAAGCAAAAUAAUGGGAUUUAGUUCUAAAAAUACAAAUUGGGAUUCUGAUGAGAGUUAGCCCCAAUGAACUUGUUCUGGAUUGUGCCCCAGAUGUUUGAGGGUUUUUCUUUCCUUAUUAAACAAUGCUCUUGAUGUUAGUCUAUGUCCACAGGGCUUUUGGUUCUGAA